AUGGCUCCCAAGAUCGCCAUCAUCUACUACUCCAUGUACGGCCAUGUCGCCCAACUGGCCCAGGCAGAGAAGAAGGGUAUUGAGGCAGCCGGUGGCACCGCCGAUAUCUACCAAAUCGAGGAAACCCUCCCCCAAGAGGUUCUGGGCAAGAUGCACGCCCCAGGCAUGAAUAAGGACGUUCCCGUCAUCACCCCCGAGAUCCUGGUCAAGUACGAUGCUUUCCUCUUCGGCGUUGCCACCCGUUACGGCACAUAUUCCGCCCAGUGGAAGACCUUCAUCGAUAGACUCGGCGGACAAUGGCAGGCCGGCGCUCUCUUUGGAAAAUACUUCGGCCUGUUCAUCAGCACGGCCACUAUGGGCGGUGGGCAAGAGACCACAGCCAUCACGGCCCUCUCGUCGUGGAUUCACCAGGGCAUGAUCUAUGUGCCCUUGGGUUAUGCCAAAGCCUUCCCUAUCAUGGCCGACCUCAGCGCAGUCCGUGGCGGUAGCCCAUGGGGCGCAGGCACAUUUGCCGGUGCCGACGGGUCCCGACAGCCUUCGUCCUCCGAGUUGGAGCUCGCUACCAUCCAGGGCAAAUCCUUCUACGAGCUAGUCAGCAAGAGCAUCCGUCGAGUCUGUGCAGUCUAUUAUCAGGAAAUGUCAAGUGCGCAGGCGGCGGCGGCCUCACUGCUUGAGGCCUAUGGCCCCUACCCCAUUGCCAGAACCUUUGCUGCCACCGAUUCGGUGCCCGAACUUUUAGAUUCAGAGGUGCCCGCAUACAGCGCCGCCUUUGAUGCGGAUCCUUCGGUCAAGAGGCAUUCUGCCUGCGAUGAGUGCAGAAAGCGCAAGUUGAAGUGCUCAGGCGAACCCACUGGUUGUGAACGAUGCGUCAAGCAGCAGUUGACGUGCCAUUACUCGGCUCAGAAGCAAAUGGGAAGACCACGCAAGAGACAAAGGACUGACGACUUCCCUCAGGCGGACGACCUCUCCUCUGCACAUACGUCUCGUUUCACAGGUCCUCUACAGCCUCCUCCGAUUCCGGCCUAUUACCAUCAUCCGCGUCAUCCUCCACCGCCCGAGGUUGUCGAACCUGUGAUUGACCCAGAACUCUCUGAAAAAGCCGUUGAGCGUACAAAUUUUGAGAACAUCUGCAAUGCUCCCAUAAGCCAGUCCAUCAAACGGACCAGCGACGACGCCCGCGCCGCUGCGGAGAGGGCACACUCCUCAAAGAUUGGCAGUGGUGGCAGCCAGCUCCCUGCACGAGGCUCGAGCAGCACCUCACCGUACGAUGGGCCUCGCACGCCUCCAGGAGGAAACGACACUAUGUCCAAGGUCACCUACCCAAUUGACAUCUCGCUGUGGCCGGACUUCAGUGACAUGACCAUGCUUCCAAUGCUGGUACAAGACAGCCACGAGUACGAGAAACAGUUAAACAACGCGGGCCCGGACUCUUCUGCGUCUUGUGGCACAGGGUCUCGGCCGCAUCACAACCAGCCUUCGGAGCCCAACACACAUCCAAGCACGUUGAACCAACUGCCCGUCAUGCCAGCUUGCCCCUGCCUGCCCAACCUCUAUCUCACGCUCUCGACUCUGUCCGCCCUGUCCGCAUUUCCUGUGUCAUCCGGUAUGAUAGAUACCCUCCUUGCUGCACAUCGCACAGGUCGCGCCGUCCUUUAUUGCCCCGUUUGCCCUCAGAAGCUACAAUCGGGGUCUCUGAACGUAUUUAUGAGCACCAUGUUGAUUACUGUGCUUACGGAUCAUUGGCACCGCGUCAAAAAGGCCAGUGCCAGAGAGCUGAAGGUUGGAUUUGGUAGCGCGGAAUCAGAGCCACCAGAUGAUAUCACGGAACCCAUGGGCGUCCGCGAAGACCUCGAGUGGCGCACAUUUGGAUAUUAUCUAGUUCGAGCGUAUGUUGUGGGCGACCAACCAAUCCCUGACCCGCCCAACGCGCCCUCGUCCAAUACUUCUUGGAGAAAACCGCAAGUCGUGCCCACGCAAAUAUCUUCAGAGGAUAGCGAUACAUCCACCAUUUACACACUCGAAUCGCUCGUGGCAGCUAUCGAAAGGCGGCAGAAACAAUGGCAUGAUGUUCAACCCUACCACGACUCACAGGAAUUUCCUCCUCGUCUGGAGCACCAUCAUUUAGACGCUGGUGCUCACGGUUUGCCACGAGGGUACACAUCAGGGAUGACGCUCGAGGAUCUUAAGAAGUGCGAAGAAGAGAAUCGGGCGAGCGGUGGUGCCGAUGACGGAUUGCUCUGUUUGAGGCUUGUGAAGCAUUCCAGGAUCAUGCUGGGGACCCUGGAUGGAGGUGUACCGAGAAUCGAAUGA